AUGUCAAAAAGAAAAAGAGUUUAUCGUGAACAGUUUUCAACUGACUUCCAGGGAUUAAAAAAAGUAAAAAAGGUGAAAAUUAUGCCUUUUGCGAAUAUUGUUCAACUGAUAAAAACUGCUGCAGCAGAAGGAGCAUUUGCAUAUCAUGCCGCUUUUCACUCGUUAUCGUUUAAAGCUGCAGAUUGUACAAAUCGUUUAAUUUCAACUGUUUUCGCUGAAUCGGAAACUGGUCGGAAAUUUUCAUCUGCUCAAACAAAAACGCAGGCAAUCAUUUCAAGAAUAUUGGCUCCGAAAUCAACUGAGAAUCUUUUGUCAGAAUUGGGCAGCGAGCCGUUUUCUAUUGCAACCGACUCGUCAAAUUUUAAAGAAAUCAAAACAUUCCCUAUCAUUAUUCGGUAUUUUUCGCAUGAAGGAUUGAAAGUUAAAUUGUUAGAGUUUUCAAAUUUGCCAGGAGAAACGUCAGAAUUGAUUUUCAAAUAUGUAAUGACUGUACUUGACAGAUUCAAAUUGAGUCCUAAUAAUUUGUUAUGGGGUGGCUUAAAAUCACUAGUUCUAUCAACGGAUGACAUUCCAAAGGUUCUGGAAAAUUUAUUCUCUGAUGAUUCAAAUGAAAUCUACUUCUGGUUUCUACAGAGCUCAUUGCAGCUGUUUCAGCAAACUUUGCUGAUACUUGAAAAAAAAGACCUUGUGCUUCCUGAAAUGAUAGAAUCUGUCGAAAAUCUGUCACAAAAACUCACUGACAGGAUGCAGAAAAAUUUUGUUGGUGCCAUGACUCAAUCAAAGUUGCAAUCAUUAGAGGAUUCUAAUUUGGCUAAUCGCAUAGAAAAGGAGUUUUCAACAUUUUAUUCGACAUCUGUUGAUUACAUUCAGAAGUGGUUCAGAAUUACUGAUUAUCCGUCUUCUUCUAAGUGGUUAAUGCUGAAAUCUGUCGAUACAAUUUCGUAUGAGGAUAUUCGAAAAUCUGCAGAGUUUCUAAUGCCAGAAAUUUCUGUGAAAGAUUCUCUGUUUGAUGAAACGAGUCUUCUAAUUUCACUGUUGAAAGAUUCAAAAAAAAGUUUCCACGAAUUGCCCAUUGAUAAAAAAUGGGCUGUUCUGUUUCAAAAUGAACUGUUUUCAGAUUUGAAGAAAUUGGUAUACACAAUUUUUGCCAUUCCUACCUCGAAUGCUGCUGUUGAGCGAAUUUUUUCAUUAUGUAAAAAACAAUGGACUGAUGAUAGAAACUGCCUAAAAAUUGAUACUGUUAAAGGUUUAUUACAGCACUUGGCUUCAUCAACAAGUUCGAUUUCAUCUUCCAAGAUGAAGGUAGAAUAUGCUCUCCAAGGCCAUGAGCGGACCGUACAUCUCUUACUGCAACGUAGUCUGGACUGCAGCGACAAGGGACGACUGAAUUACAUUAGAACAAAUUCAUCAGAAACAAGCAGUCUCUUCCUAGACGCUUACUAUAAAGAACCAAAAAUUUGA